GUAAUGCCUAGUUGACACUUUCACGAUUUUUGGUCCCGCACUGCCCCGCAUUGAAUGCGUGCCAGUGCGUGACAGUGCGUGCCACUUCAGUGACACGCACUGUCACGCAUAGUUCCCGCAUUGUUCACGCAUAGUUCACGAAUAGUUCACGCAUAGUUCACGCAUAGUUCACGACUAUUCACAACUAGUUUGCGCAUUGUGUUAACUAUCACAAAAAACAAGGCAGACGUCUAUUCGCUCUCGUGUUUUUCAUUAAUUCAGCAUAACUAUCGUCAUUAAGAUGUUGAAUUCUGAAGAAGCUAAUUUAGAACAGAGAAGGUGUUUAUAUGUAGCUGCAGGAGCAUUAAUAGUUUAUCAACAAGAAAGAGAUCUUGAAGAAAGACGAGAAGAGGAGAAAAAAGGAAAAAGAAAAAGGAGGACAUUGUGGGUGAGAGAUUGGCUGUCAAGACGCCACAUCCACGGACAUUUUGAUCAUUUACUGGCAGAGCUGCAUAGGGAGGAUCAAAAGAGCUAUAAGAAUUUCUUGAGAAUCACUCCUGAUCUGUUUGAGGAAAUGGUUGGAAAGCUAACGCCUCAUCUGGAGAAGAAAACAACGUUUAUGCGAGAACCACUAGAAGUUGGACUGAAACUAGCCGUCACUCUCCGUUUCUUGGCAACAGGAAAUUCUUAUGCUACAUUACAGUACAGCUUUCGAGUUGAGAAAAGCACCAUAUCGAGAUUUAUUCCCGAAGUAUGUAAUGCACUCAUUGAAGUGUAUAAAAAGGAAGUACUCAGCUGUCCAAAAACUGAAGAUGGGUGGAAGGAUGUGGCCAAGAAGUUCAGUUCCAGAUGGAACUAUCAUAAUUGCCUUGGUGCCGUCGAUGGCAAACACGUGGCAAUCAGGAAGCCGCCAAAGUCUGGGUCCUUGUACUUUAACUAUAAAGGUUUCCAUAGUAUUGUUCUCAUGGCUGUAGCAGAUGCAGAAUAUAAGUUUCUGUAUGUGGAUGUUGGAGCAGAGGGUGGCUCUUCAGAUGGUGGAACUUGGAAAAACUGCAACUUGUAUGAUGCCAUAGAAGGGGAAAGAGCAGGGGUGCCGCCACCGGAACCAAUGCCCAAUGAUGACAUGCCCAUACCUUUCCAAUUUGUGGCUGACGAUGCAUUUGCUAUGAAGCCCUGGCUAAUGAAGCCCUUCUCACAUAGGUCCCAAGUUCAUGAGGAGAUCAUCUUCAGUUAUAGACUAAGCCGAGCUAGGCGAGUAGUGGAAAACUCGUUUGGUAUUUUGGCUCACAGGUUCAGAUGUUUCCUAACUACACUUCCGCAGAAGCCCCAAACUACCAACUUAAUCAUCAUGAGUGCCUGCGUCCUACAUAAUCUGAUAUUAACCAGGUACCCACUGGCAUCAGGAGAUGUAGACCAUGAAGAUCCAUCUACGCAUGCGAUGAUACCUGGUGCAUGGAGAGACGACCCUGUGUUUCACGGUCUGAGAGCUCCGACAGGAAACACUUCUAUCAAGGAAGCUAAGAGCCAACGUGCAUAUCUAUCACAUUAUUACACCUCCCGCGCUGGAGCAGUUUCCUGGCAAGAAAAGAUGAUAACCUAAGCAGAUUAACUAUGACAUUAUUGUGAUGCAGUAUAGCACUAGCUCAAUUCCACAAAAAAUGCCAAAUGACACUGACACAAAUGACAUUUUAUUUCUUGAAUGGUUAUGUAUUUCAACAAGGCCCGACAUCGUUCCAAUAUCAACCGUCUGUUGUACAUCUGAUUUUAAACUUAGGAUAUGAGAUCAGUGUUUAUAAUGUGUUUGUCUUUAUGUACACAAAAAUUCUACAGUGUAUCAGCAAUUAAUGUUGUCAGGAAAUUAAGGGGUUUUGGUAAGCUUUGUUGUUGAACUUAAACGUGAUGCAGUUGGUGUCGGGGCAUAGAAAUUUCGUAUUUCUAGUAAGCUUGCACAAACCCCACUCCUCACACGCACGCAUACACACACACACACACACACACACAUACACACGAACGCACAUUUAAAGACUGGGUCCGCACCAGAAAAAAAUCUUGUAUUGAUUAAAAGCAGAUAAAUCAGACGAAAAACAAAACAAUUAAAACAAAACCAAAAACGUUGAAGUAAAUCGGACAAUAAAUAAGAAAGUUAUGAAUAUAACGCAAAAGUUAUUUAUCAUGCUAACUGGCAACGCUGGGUCACGUGGCAUGAAGUAUGCCAUGCACUUCUCUGCAGGUAUUUUAUUAUAUCUCAUUGUUUUUAAAUCCCCCUUUGCAACCCUUUAACGCAAGAAGAACAGUUUUUUUUUUUGGGGGGGGGGGGUCGAUAUAAACACGGGUACAGAUACAUUUAUUGAUUCAACCUUUAGAAUGUUUUGAAAAAUAACCACUCAUGGAUUAAAACGGAUUCUUACAAACAAAAAGUUAUAAUAAGCUAUAGCAGACAGGAAGUGCAUGACAUACGUCAUGACACGUGACCAAGAGUCACGUGUUAAGGCUGUGUCACACCUUUGCGUUUUUAGCCUGCGUCGGCCCAGCGUUUUUGAAAAUUAAAAACGCUUCCUGAACGCGGAUCAGACGGUAGACUGACGUUGGAGACGUUCAGCUUGCGCUUUAUUAAUGAAUUAUUGUAUCCAUUCAUCAAUCAUAUUUUACACAAAACAUCUGUGAGAGAUAGGAAAAACUGGGAAAUUGAAUAUCAUUUAUUGAUACGAUCAUGCUUUUACAUCGUUUAAGAAGAUGCUAUUAACAUAUGUAUAUAUGUAAUAGUCAAACAGUUGACGGUGUUAUCUCGUAUGAAUAGGUGCACUUGAACGAAUUGUGCGGAAACUUAACAAUCAUUUUUGAAAUCCAAUGAAAAAUAUCAAGUGCUUAUAGUUACCCAUUUUAUUAAAGGCCUUGAUAUUCACCUAUCUUUGCAGUCUUUGAUUAGCCUUUGAUUUGUCAAUAUGUUACUCUUAAUAUAAACAACUUUACAUGUUUUGUUUUUUGUGUGUAAUAAGAGACUUGUAAUCAGAAGCAAUCAGAAUGCACGAAUUGCGUGUUUUUUAAUAAAAGAAACAUAACCGAGUAGAAAACUUAGGCAUUCUGGAUAUGCUCACAUAAAUGCAAUUUAAAUAACGUGUGAUGAAGAAAAGAAAAUAAGUCUGCAGGAUAACGUUUAGUUUCAUGGUGACUGACAACUGAAUCUCCAAUUUGAACUACCUUAUAGACAUGUUAUAAUUACCAAGAUUUCUCAAUGAUAUUUUGAACACUUUAAAGUUGUAACAAGUGAGUAACAUGAACUAAUCAACUACUAGAACAAAUGUAAAAACGUAGGAACCAAAAAAUCUUCCACUCAGUAAACCUUUCAUUUUGUUUCUUGAUAAAAUCAUCAUGCAUGAGUAUAUGUCAAAAUGUCUAAAUCGAGAAUAUCCAUCGAAGCUCUCCCUGGAACUCAGAACAUUCAAAAAUCUGGAAUAUAUUUUCCGACUUUGAUCAAACUGUCACAUUUUACCCUUGCUCUUCAGUGUGUAGUUCUGGUUUACGUUUCAGAAAAUAUUAUACCUCUGUUCCAAAUGUAUAAAUAAAUGGUUUUCUUGCCGAGUGGGUUUUUAAUAAAAUUCCUUGCAAAGGCAACAACAAAUAACAAUUUCUUUUUUACUUUUAUUUUUUUUUACCAUGUAAGAAUUAAGGUAAGUACUGAAAGAGUGUCCCGAUAUGGAAGACGUUAGUUUUGCAACCAGUAUUGCCUUUUCUUAAUCACCGGCUGCUGUUGAACACAUUAUUUUUCUUCUCCAAGCUCUUCCAGAACCGAGGAAACCAUCUCAUUACUACGUCGGGAGGGUGGGGUCGAAGCAGUGGACUGCUGAGAAGACGUUGGUAUCGGUACAGGCACAGCUGAAGGCGCGGCUGGCAUCCCAACAUUGUUGAAGGAUGGACUUGCUGGAGACCAUUGAUUGAAAUUGGACCAAUGACUAUUGAUUGGCCACUGGUUUGACUGCCAUGACGAGGGUUGCUGUUGACAUGGUUGAGUUGGCCUGGUUGGCUGUUUGAAAUUGUGAACGAGUUGCAGACAUUCGAUUUGGAAACUGUGCCACGAUUCCUCUGGAAUUUUCUGCAUAUGGCCCUCCAGAAGACAGGCAAAAUCAUGGACGAUCUUUUUUUGACCUGUCAAAGCAGCUGUCUGGCCCAAAUUAUCCGCUCUUGAAAGAACCUGAAAGGCAUAAACAAUAUAACCAAAUGUAAUUUAGUAAGGCAAUUAAAGUCAGGGUCUGAUUACUGUCAUUUACUGCCAUAUACUCAACAAAUUUAGAUCGAUUGUCGAAGAAUUAAUUUUCAAUGAUACUUUUUGUUGUGAAUUAAUUUCUAUAGUUUCCAAAUGGAACUAUUGAAAGCGGAUCCGGCUUAGGUAAUGUAUUCAAUU